AGGUUGUUUUUAAUCUUUGGUGAUACCUUGCUAGAUUUCAUAACAGCAUACUACACCCAGCAAAAUGUUCAACAGAGUCAGUUUAGAGACUGUCCUUUACUUCAUCGGUUUACUACUGUUGUCUCACAUUCACGGCUCCCGAGGGAAUUGUACUGUUGAAAAGCCAGGCACGUUUCCGUAUUUCUUCGGAAGAACAGACGACGAGUGCAUUGACAGAGUAAAAAGGGCGGCGCUUUCACCUCAAAGGUUGUCUCACAAGAAUGGAAACCACAUGUGGAUACAAUACCGAGGAAUCUUCUUCGAAUUCGGUGUCGGAAAAUCACGUGAUGCUCACGUGAGCUCAAGUCCUUACGGUCAUGGUGAAUGCGCAAGUCAGAUCGAGUCACUUCCGGCUGGUUACAGCAUUCUCAGCGUGGAAUGUCUGGAAAAGUGUGCCAAGAAUUACUCGAAACGAUUCGGCCUUUUCAAUGACAUGUACAGGCGUGUCCACCCUUUCGUUAACAUGAUGUCACGUAUCUUAUGUUUACCAUCGUGCCCUGAAUGGUGCAUUGCAUAAUUACCGGUAUCAUUGGAGAAACACAGUUCAAGAUCCGACAACUUGAAAUGGUUAUGGUUUUGUCAAAAACAGUACAAUAAAAAAGGAAAUAUUGAAAA